AUGCAAUCCAAGGAAGAAGAAUCUGGAGAUAUUAUUGUACUCAUCGCUUCCGUUGCCGUGGUAUCAGCUGGUAGCCAGGGUAACAUCUUCGCCACCUCAGCACUACGUAGCCUUCGUUUCCUGCAGAUCCUGCGCAUGGUGCGCAUGGACAGGAGAGGAGGCACCUGGAAGUUGCUGGGAUCUGUAGUUUAUGCACACAGCAAGGAGCUGGUGACAGCCUGGUACAUAGGUUUCCUGGUGCUCAUCUUCUCCUCAUUCUUGGUCUACCUCGUGGAGAAGGAGUUCAACAAAGAGUUUGCCACUUACGCAGAUGCCCUUUGGUGGGGCACAAUCACCUUGACGACCAUUGGCUAUGGGGAUAAGACCCCUCAGACGUGGACGGGUCGCCUGCUGUCGGCUGGCUUCGCUCUGCUGGGGAUCUCCUUCUUUGCCCUGCCUGCUGGCAUACUGGGCUCUGGGUUUGCUCUCAAGGUGCAGGAGCAACACAGACAGAAACAUUUUGAGAAGAGAAGAAACCCAGCCGCCAGCCUCAUCCAGUGUGUCUGGCGUAGUUAUGCUGCUGAUGAGAACUCGGUUUCCAUAGCUACCUGGAAGCCUCAUUUGAAGGCGUUGCAUACCUGCAGUCCUGCAAAGAAAGAACAGGGAGAGACGACAAGCAGUCAGAAAUUGAGUUUCAAGGAGCGCGUGCGAAUGGCCAGCCCCCGUGGUCAGAGUAUGAAGAGUCGGCAGACGUCCGUCAACGAGCGCCGCUGUUCCCCGGGUAACGAGGGGCCCGGGCCAGAGACGACCAGCAGCCCCUCCAAGGUGCAGAAGAGCUGGAGCUUUAACGACCGCACCCGCUUCCGUCCCUCGCUGAGGCUCAAGAGCCAGACCCGCACGGCUACACCUGAUGUGGACACGCCAGGGAGCGAGGAUGGCUUCGACGAGAGGGGCUGUCACUGUGAUGUCACUGUGGAGGACCUGUCGGCGCCGCUGAAGGCGGUCAUCAGAGCUGUCAGAAUAAUGAAAUUUCAUGUAGCAAAGAAAAAGUUCAAGGAGACCCUGCGCCCGUACGAUGUGAAGGAUGUGAUAGAGCAGUACUCUGCUGGUCACCUGGACAUGUUAUGUCGAAUCAAGAGUCUCCAGACCAGGGUGGACCAGAUACUAGGAAAGGGCCAGAUUUCCAUGGACAAGAAGAUCAAAGACAAGCUUCAGUCUGAUGGGGACCCACUAGAGGACAUGAGUAUGUUGGGCCGCGUGUGUAAGGUGGAAAGACAGGUGACGUCCAUCGAGUCUAAGCUGGACUCCCUGCUGGACGUGUACCGGCAGACGCUGCAGAAAGGUUCGUCGGCCCUCACCCUCUCCUCGCUGCCGCUCUUUGAGCUGGACCAUCACCGGACCUCUGCCUACCAGAGCUCCAUGUUCAACUGCUCCCCGACCCCCCAGGGUGGCGUCUGUGAUGGAGUCGGAGGUGGUGGGGGAUUAUCCCGCUCACUCAAAUCCAACCUUCCGCGUGGCCUGCGCCUCAUCUUGGCGCCCUCCAAUGAGCUCCCCCCAGACAGCGAGCCACCCUCCUACCCACCCUCCACUGCCUCUCUCACCCCCUCGCCCUUGCUGCCCCCAGACAGCCCCUACCCAGCGCUAACCACGCCCAACAGCUUCCCAGCCCCGCCCCAGCAAGCACACUUCCCCGACCUGCCCCCACCUCCACCCUCAGCAGGGGGAGGGCUGACAACCACCCUCCAGCUGCCCCCUGUGAUUGCCCCCCGUCUCAGACGCCCAGAGGGCCUAGUCUUGGAUGCUCCUCCGGGAGGAGACAUGGGGGAGAGCCCGGGCACCUCUGUGGAGGAUGAGGCAUGUGCCCAGAUAGGGGUGCGUCUGAGGGGGAAACCCAGUCUGAGAGAAGAAGGUUCCUGGAGACGGCACCUGAGCCUGGAGGUAGACCCUCUGCUGCUGCUCUCCUCCGGCCCAGAUGGGCGGACCUCAGACAGCAGAGUAGGCCUCGGAAAGUCCCUUUCUGCCCACAACCUCACCCAGACCUUCGCAGACCGCUCCUCUUGUAUGUCCUCACUGCUCAACAAGAGCAACAGUAGCAGCAGAGAUGGUUCCCAGGGCAACUCUGUUGGUGGUAGCAAAACCUGGGGUGAAACAGAACUCUUCAUUGGUGACACAGAGCUGGAGCCGGCUGAGGAGUGCUUUGACUUCCUGUCCCAAGAUACUGACUUUCUUUGUCAUCCCAAAUCGGGCAUCAACAAAUUAUCUGACCUGCAAACUGAGGGGGGGUCGUCUAGCAGCCUGGCAGGCCCACAGACUCCUACAACAGGCAGCGACGAAUCCCUGAACCAGCCCCCCCACAUAAGGCUAAAAUGACCAACAUAAACAUUUACCAGAUUCCUGGUUUAGAAAGCUACCAACCCUUAACACACACACAAUCAACUACACAGUACCACCCCUUAUCUUAUUGGACAAACCAAACUCAGAUACUGCUGUCUGCUUCUUCGGGGCGAGGGGGGUUGUUCAGACGGGGGUUGUUCAUAUCAUUUAGUACAAACCAUUGCAUGGAGUUACAGUAUGUCCUGAAUAAAGAAACAAAAAGAAGCUUGUGUGUAGAAAACAUGUGUUAUUGGUGGAUGGGAGGGUAAGGUGGGAGUGUGGGGUGUAGGAGAGAAGGAGAGAACAAGGGCGAUCAGUCAAGAGACAGUACUUUGUCACCUCUCAGCCGUGCAUGAAACACUGCAUGCCUGAAAGGUUUUGCAGCCCUUACAAUCCAAACUCCUACUGCAGCCCAGCUGACAACAGAACUAUACUGUCUUGUUUUAAACACUGUCCCAGAAAUAAUGGAUAGCCUCUGCUUUCCUGUAUGUCAAAGUUGUAUAUCCUCAAAAACGAUGAGUGGCGUCAAGUAUAAGAACAAGCCUAGUAAUCCAACCCGUAACAAAUUAUUAUGAAUUAAUUAACAAGGUUGUUAACCUAACCCAACUGUAUUAAUUUGCUAGAACAUACUAAAUUGUUCAAAUGUUCUAAUUGAUCAGGAUCUUGUCAGGCAAUUCCACAUCAAUGACAAAUCCAAUAGAUUGAUUGGAUGCUCAAAUCUAUCUGUGCCAAUAUUUUAUAUUAUUUGAUUCAGUUAUUAGGAUGAGAUAACGAUGGCUUAUGAAUAACAUCACGCAUGACUGAAAUAGGACAAGUUGAUGGUAGAAUAAAUUAGAUUAUCUUUACAAGCAGGAUUUGACAAUUGGAUAACGAUACAUAAAACUGGGUUGUGUUUCACCAUUAUUUAGGUUGUUCUCUUUGACACUUUAUAUGGGUGACAUAUCUUUGUGAUGUCUAGCUAAAGGCCACUGGUGCUGGUGUCCAUUGUCCAACCACCAUUAUCUUCACAAAUAUCAUAUUACAAUCAGUCAUAAGUCUACCAUAUUGAGAACAGUACGCAAAUACUGUAUGUUACUGUCAUGUUUGAGGUCAACAAUGCUGAAUGUCAUUUCAGUCUUUCACUUCGAUGUCCCCUGCCCUGAGGCAGAAGCACUGUUGUUGCCACCCUGCCUGAACACAGAUGACUUCUCUUAACCCUUAAAUAUGCACAAGUACUGUCAGCCAUCUUAUUUUUCUCUUGUUGCACCUUGUUGUUCUUGAUGUAGGAAUGGGCAGAGCAGUC